GCGCAAAACUCACAGAAGAGUCGUCGUUGAAAAGCCUUCUCGUUCGUCAGUUUCGCACAAGCUAGCAACGCGAGUUAACGCAUCAAUCUACUCGUUUGCUUAAUCGCGUUAUUUUUUUUUUUUUUGUAAAAGAUACUAAUUAUUCAAAUCCAUUUCUUCUUUUUCUUCUUCUUCUUCUUCCUUUUUUUUCUUAUGUUUUUUCUUUUAUUCGUUUGAUUUUUUUUCUUCUUCUUCACUUUUCGAUCGAAUCUAUUCUUGUAUUCUUAUAUUUCUUUUUUUUAUAUCGUUUCCAUUUUCUUUAAUUUUUGGUUUGAAUGAAAGAAAUUCUGUCGAAGACAAUAACCAUACUGGUUGAUACACUGUCGCGAACCUGAACACUUUCUCUUCUUACUUUUUCCGAGCAAGGUGACUUUCGUCCGCAUUUAGACGCUUUAUCGUUCACCAAACUCUCUUCGUACAGCGUCGCGUUUAUGUCUCCUUUGUUCACGUUCAUCCAACGUUUAACGUGCGAUGAAUUUAAUAAUUUAAAUAUAGUAUAGCAUGUAAACUUCCUUCUUGGUAAAAAAGAUCGAUCGAAAGGUACAUUAGUAUUUUGAUUUCGUAAUUUCGGCCGAAUCGGAUCACUUUCUACGCGAAUCGAUCGAGUGUCCUUCGUAAACAUCUAUAAAGUGAUCUUUGUUCUGAAAAAAAGAAGAAAAAAACUAUAUAAAAAAAAAAAAAUUAUUUGUGAUCAACGUUGGUCUUCAAGCAAUAAAUCAGAUAACGAAUUAUCGUGAAAAGUAGGGCGUGAUCUUAACGCGCCAACAAGUGAAAUAUCAACAAAACCAAACAGUGAUAUGAAGAAUACGCAAACCAACGGAUAUGUGGGUGUGAAUGUUAAGCAAGUUUCGAACGGAAAAGAUACAGAAACUGUCGAGGAUCAUGGCGAAGCCAUUGACGCGGUGCAACAGGCAAUUGGCGAUCUUGGAAAAUGGCAAAUUCUCGUUUGCCUGGCAAUCUCGCUCGUUAAAUUUCCAGUUGCCUGGCAUCAGUUGGCGAUCGUCUUCAUGGCACCUCAUCAAGAAUACAACUGCACGACACCAGCAGAAACGGUAUCAUCGGAUCAAUGUACGAUCAACAUUAAUGGAACAAAUAUGGAAUGUACGAAAUGGGAAUACGACAGAAGUACAUUUCCAGAGACUAUAAUAUCCCAGUGGAAUUUAGUAUGCAGUAGAUCCCAUUAUGCUAAUAUUCAACAAUCGAUCUUGAUGUUCGGUGUUCUACUCGGGAACGUCAUUUUUGGAAGUCUAGCCGACAGAUAUGGCAGAAAAUUGCCUUUGAUGGCCUCUGUCCUUUUACAACUAGCUUCAGGUAUCGGUUGUGCCAUAGUUCCAUGGUUUCCAGCGUUGUUAAUACUGAAAUUAUUCAGUGCUAUGGCUACAGGUGGGACCAUGGUCACCAGUUACGUCAUUUGUAUGGAGAUAGUCGGUACACAAUGGCGAGCAGCUAUCACUGUGCUUUAUCAAAUUCCUUUCAGUUUAGGGCAAAUGUCUUUGGCUGGAAUCGCCUAUUUGUUCCGCCAUUGGCAACACCUCCAAAUAGCUAUUACAAUACCUUCCAUUAUUCUUUUAAGUUAUUGGUGGAUCGUACCUGAAUCGCCAAGAUGGUUACUUGCCGUUGGUAAACAAAAGGCUGCUUGUAAAAUUUUAGAGAAGGUAGCUAUUAUCAAUAAGACGGGAAAUAAAGACAUUCCAGAUACAGUUAGAAGGCAUUGUCUUCAUCAGAAUUCCAAAAGGACGGCCCAAGAUCACAAUGCAUCUUUCUUAGACUUAUUCCGUACACCAAACAUGAGAGUGAAGUCUUUGUCGAUCUUCUUUAAUUGGAUCGUUUGUGGAAUGGGUCUCUUUGGAAUGUCGCAGUACAUUGGUCAAGUAGGCGGCGAUAUUUUCAUCAAUUUUGCGAUCUCUGGAGCGAUACAGGUUCCGGGAAAUUUUGUAGCUUGGUGGGCUAUGAACAAACUAGGGAGAAAAGUUACUUUGAUCAUUAGCAACGUGAUCGCUGGUGUUUCGUCUCUCGCUCUCAUCAUUGUACCGCACGAACUCGCAUGGCUGAGGCUAAUCCUCGUUUGUCUCGGCAUCGUCGGCAUGUCGGUAGCUUUCACCUCGGUUUAUCUUUUCUCCGGUGAAUUAUUCCCUACGGUCGUUAGGAACAUGGGUGUUGGUACUAGCAGUAUGUGUGCAAGGAUAGGUUCUAUUGUGGCACCUUUUGUAGUAUCUUUGAAUCAUAUGGCGGAAUGGUUCCCACCAAUUAUCUUUGGAAGUUUGCCGAUUGUAGGAGCUAUGCUUUGCCUAUUGUUACCAGAAACAGCAGGAUGUACACUUCCGGAAACGCUUCAAGAUGGAGAAGAUUUUGGCAAAAAGCCCAAAAUGAUGAAGAACAAAAAUAGGAAUCCAAAGGAUAUAGAAAUUGAACAUCGCGAAGAGGAGAAAUCUAUCGUGUAAGGACAAUCGAGAAACUUCAAUUGACAAACUCGUUAUCGUACAAUUAAAUGUAUAGAUAUUAUGAAUACUGCAGUCAUUCCAUGUCCUUAUUUAUUAUAUCGCGUAUGUGUACGAAUUUGAGGUCGUUAACGGAGACAAUCUUCAUUUCGUCUCGUUUAAUCUUCGAAAAAAAAGAAUUGUUUAAAAUCUAAAUACAUUCGACUUAAACAUCGUGAUACUGUCACGUACGUGAUAGUUUGUAACUCGUAUAAAACAUUACUGCCGAGUAACAAUUUGAAAGGACAAUGUUUUGUACGGUUUGUACGAGAACAUGUAAAUAGAAUUUUUUUUUAUAACAA